AAAAUGAACAAGACCACAGUCAACUUUUUUGUUAUUACAGGGAUUACACAUGUACCAGUGUUAAAAGAACUCAUAUUCUUCCUGGUUCUUCUCAUUUAUCUUCUCACUGUUGCUGGUAACAUGACCAUCUUUCUUCUAAUUUGCCUAGAUCGUCAGCUUCACAGUCCCAUGUAUUUCUUUCUGGGUAACCUCUCCAUCCUUGACAUAUCUUGUUCCACUAUUGCAACGCAUAAAAUUCUCUCCAUGUUUGUAACAGGAAAUGACAUAAUUUAUUUCCCUUUUUGCAUGGCCCAGCUUUAUUUAUUUUCUAGCUUCACAUCUAUCGAGCUAUUAUUAUUGACAGCUAUGAGCUAUGAUAGAUAUGUGGCCAUAUGCAGACCAUUAUAUUACUCAAGGAUCAUGAACCCUCAAGCUUGCCUCUUGUUAGCUUUGGCAUGCUGGUUGGUUGGUUUUAUUGAACUUAUACCCUACAUGGAUCUUCUGCUGAGGAUAUCUUGUUAUAGAUCAAACAUAAUCAACCACUUUUUCUGUGAUAUGAUGCCCAUUAUUAAGAUGUCUUGUAGUGACACCUCUGCCCUGGAACUCCUGAUCUUCACAGAGGGUGUUUUUCUUUUGAGUGUCACACCAUUUCUUCUUACUUUCAUUUCCUAUAUGUUCAUUAUCUCAUCAAUCAUGAGGAUACGCUAUAGCACAGGAAGGAGAAAAACAUUCUACACUUGCUCCUCACACCUCACAGUGGUGGUCCUUCUCUAUGGGACACUUUUCUGCCAGUAUCUGAGACCGACAACAAUGGACACAUUAGACUCCAAUAAAAUCUUCUCACUUUUUAACACUGUUGCUGUCCCUGUUCUCAAUCCCAUUAUCUACAGCCUAAAAAAUAAAACUGUGAAGUCUGCUCUAAAGCAAAAGGUACAAUUAUAUUUUAAGAUUCACAAGAACUAA